CACCAUGGCCACCAGCCACCACAUCCUGUUCCUCUUGUUCUCUUCAGUGACUGUCUGUUUAUUUCUUUCAGGUUCUCCUCUCAGGUUCGGAUACUGUUCUCUCUGGUGGUAAUCCUUGUUGUGUUUGUGGUCACCACAGUGCUGGUGAAAGUGGACACGUCUGGCUAUAGGGUGCAGUUUUUUGAGGGUACACUAGCAAGCGUGGCGCUGGUCAGUGGGGCGUCUAACAUCUUCACUGGCAGUGUGUUCGGCAUCAGCGGCCACUUUCCUAUGAGGAUAUCUCAAGCUUACAUAUCAGGUCAGGCGAUGGGCGGCACUUUGAGUGCGGUGUCGUCAAUAGUAGAUCUGGCUGUGUCAGGUGACGUGACCAGCAGUGCGCUGGUGUUUUUCCUCAGCGCUGUGAUCUUCACUGUUGUGUGUAUCAUCAUGUACCUGAUGCUGCCCAAACUGGAAUACUCAAGAUACUACAUGGAAUUGGCUGCUUUACCCAGUACUGAAUCCAACGGCAGCUCAGACGCAUCGGCUAAUUCUGUGCCACCUCUCAAACCCAUCCUGAAGAAGACCUGGGUGCUGGGCUUCUGCGUCUUCUACGUCUUCUUCAUCUCCAUCAUGAUUUUCCCCGCCUUGUCUUCCGGAAUCCAAUCCAUGAACCAAGACUCCGGGAACCCUUGGUCCACCACAUACUUUGUGCCUCUGACUAGUUUUUUACUGUACAACGUUGCAGACUUCAGUGGCCGGCAGAUGACCGCGUGGCUGCAAAUCCCGGGACCCACCAGUGGCUUGCUGCCGUUGCUGGUCAUCUCCAGAACGAUUUUGGUUCCUCUGUUCGUCUUCUGCAACUAUCAGCCACGGUACCACCUGCACAACGUCUUCUUUGCACAUGACCUCUUCCCUGUGGUCUUCAUCUGCGUGUUGGGGGUUUCUAACGGCUAUCUGGGCACACUGCCUAUGAUCUAUGGGCCCAAAGUUGUGCCGCGGGAACUUGCUGAGCCUGCGGGUGUCAUUAUGUCCUUCUUCCUUACGCUUGGCUUGGCUGUGGGUUCAGCUUUCUCUGUGGGACUCGUUCACAGUAUAUGAGGGCCAAUCAAUGACAUAGGACAGAGCGUUUACACUACUGCACUCGAGGUUUUUGCCAAAUCCACCAUUUUCAUAAUUUUUUAGUUUUAUAUGCAUUUUAAUGGUCCAAAUGGCUUGGAUCUGGAUUUUAAUCUUGAUUUUAAAGGGAAAAUUCAGUCAAAAAUGAACAUUUCAUCUUCAUUUACUUUCACUCAAGUGGUUUUAAACUUUAAUAUGUUUCUUUUUUUUUCUGUCGAACACAAAGGAAGAUAUUUUAAAGAAUGCUGGAAAAUGUAAUUGUCAUUUAUACUAGUAAAAACAAAACACUAUGAAAGUCGAUGGCUGUUUCCCCCCCAACAUUCUUCAAAAUAUCUCCCUUUGUGUUCAAUAGAUCAAAGAACCUCGAGUGGUUUAAAACUUUAAUGCAUUUCUUUUUUUUUCUGUAGAACACAAAAGAAGAUGUUUUAAAGAAUGCUGAAAAUGUGGCAUUGUCAUACUAGUAAAAACAAAAUGCAAUAGAAGUCAAUGGCUGUCACAGCAUUCUUCAAAAUAUGUUCCUUUGUGUUCAGUAGAAGAAAGGAAGUGCCGUGGUUCUAAACUUUAAAAUGUUUCUGUUUUCUGUUGAACACAAAGAAAGAUGUUUUGAAGAAUGCUGGAAAAUUGGCAUUGUCGUCCAUAGAAGUACAAAAAGUACUAUUGAAAGUCAAUGGCUGUUUUUUCUCCUCAAGUAUAUUCCUUUGUGUUUGAUAGAAGAAAGGAACACCAGUGGUUCUAAACUUUAAUAUGUUUCUUUUAUUGUUGAACACAAGGGAAGAUGUUUUGAAGAAUGCUGGAAAAUUAACAAUGUCAUUCAUAGAAACAAAAAAUACUAUGGAAGUCAUUGGCUGUCAAACUCAACUUGCCUAAGUGGUUCUAAACUUUAUUAUGUAUUAUCUCUUUUUGUGUUGAACACAAAGGAAGAUGUUUUGAAGAAUGCUGGAAAAUGUAAUUGUCAUCUAUACUAGUAAAAACAAUAUACUAUGAAAGUCAAUGGCUGUUUCCCCCCCAACAUUCUUCAAAAUAUCCCCCUUUGUGCUCAAUAGAUGAAAGAACCUCAAAUGGUUUAAAACUUUAAUGUAUUCCUUUUUUUUCUGUAGAACACAAAGGAAUAUGUUUUGAAGAAUGCUGGAAAAUUGGCAUUGUCAUCCAUAGUAGUAAAAACAAAAUACUAUAGGAGUCAAAAGGUGUUUUCCUAUCCAACAUUCUUCAAAGUAUCUUCCUUUGUGUUCAAUAGAAGAAAGAAACUCAACUUGCACUCACUUGCACUCUUUUUUUCUGUCAAACACAAAGGAAGAUAUUUUGAAGAAUGCUGGAAAAUUGUUAUUUUCAUUCAUAGAAGUAAGAAAAAAAAAUACAAUGGAAGUCAAUUGCUGUUUUUUUCUUUCCAACAUUCUUCAAAGUAUCUUCCUUUGUGUUCAGUAGAGGAAAGAACAGAUUUGGAACUGAAGUGGAGAGAGUAAAGGAUGACAGAAAUUUCUGAGUGAACUAUCCCUUUAAUGUUUUAAAAUAAAUUACUUAAAAUAAACACCUUUUUUAAGGAUUUUAUGGUCAUGCUUUAAUAGAAAAUAGAAGGCAAUCUUUUAAUGGCCAUGUUUGGGAUCAGCUUUGGUCUGUAAUAAAAACACUUGUAUACA